GUGGUCGGCGGGCUGACCAGCGCGGCGCGGCGGUCCGAGCGGCGACGGCGGCCGGCCGGGAGCCAGUCGGGUCCAGGCGUCGGGGCUGGACGCACUGACCGGCCGUGCCGAGUGACGCCCGUGACGCCCGUGACGCCGUGUGACGGCUGUUGGACCAGUGACGUUUCGCUCAGGGACCGGCUAGUCGUCUGGUCUGGCGUAGCUGCUGGUUGGGAAGGGCUCCCACUCGGACGGACAUGUAGCCUGCUCGUGAGCCGAUGAUCAACGUCAACGGUCAGCGGUUCUACGGCAACCGCUCCAGCCAGGUGUGUCGUUUGGUGUGUGACGGCCGGGAGCGCGGCCGGUACUCUGUCAGUGAGCCGGAGGCGACACCUCCCCCUCCACCGGUGGUACUCAUGACCUGGGGUCGACCCAGCGAGGAGCCGCGGCCCCGCCGGCUGCUACUGGCCGCUCACAGCUCGCCGCCAGCCUGCGAGCUCCGACCGCGCCGGCUCUCCUGCUGUCAAAUCGCUGCCGCCGUGACGGCUCUGCUCGUCUUUUAUGUAGUGCUUCUGUUGACCAUCCUGUACGCCACGGGUUCGAUGGACGCACUGGUAGCCUCCUCGAGUCGAUCCGGGCGGCGCGGCGCUGACGCACUGGAGAACACCGCCGAGGAGGCAGAUGUCGCGCCGUGGACCAGCGGUUCGGUGGACAUUGAGCGGUUGGAACUGAUGCACAGUCCGAGUGAAGCGUGCUCGGGUCGGCCGCCCUACCUGGCGGCGUUCGUCCACUCGGCACCGAGUCACGCGAGGCACCGAGCCGUGGUGCGCCGCACGUGGGGCGCCGUGCGCGACGUGGACGGCGCCGGCGUGCGUGUGGUGUUCGUGCUCGGACGGCCAUCAUCAGAUGACGACUCCGGCACCCAGUCACUCAUCGACGCCGAGGCGCGACAGUUUGGCGACAUCGUGCAGGCGGAUUUCGUCGACACGUAUCGCAACCUGACGAUCAAACAUCUUCUCGGUCAGCGCUGGAUGUUGAAGCACUGCGGUGCUGCCAACUUCUUCGUCAAGGCAGACGAUGAUGCGUUCGUGGACGUGUAUCAGCUAGUGCGUUUCAUGAAGCGCACGCACGGUUCCACGGCGCCAUCCACGCUGGUGUGUAACGUACUGCCGGCUGGCACACCGGUGCUGCGGCGCGGCAAGUGGGCUGUCUCGCGCUCAGAGCUGGCCGCCGACGAGUACCCGCGAUUCUGCGGCGGUAUUCUGUACCUGGCGGCUCCAGAAACGGCGAGAAGACUAUACUCGGCGGCACGUACCCACCCGCACCCUCUCUGGGUGGACGAUGCGUUCGUCACCGGUCUGGCGGCCGAGCGGGCGGGCGUGCGGCACUUCUUCAUGAACCUGCGGUACACAUACGAGCCAGACGAGCUACAUCAGUGGCUGGAGCCGGAGAGGGUCGGCCCGCUACCCUACAUGGUGGCCCACAUGGACACGGCGGCGCCCGGGUGGGCCGAGCUGGCACUCCGAGUGUGGCAGAAGACGCUGCGCACCAGUCAGAAGGCGUGAUGAAGUGACCGGAGGCGCCCGCUGCGUGCUGAAGGUCACUCGAGGUCAGUGGUGGGCGCCGAACAAUGCCAGUGGCCACUGCUGGGCCCGUGAAAACUCGAGGUGAUAGUGAUUGAUGCGCUGGGGAGUGACAGUGGUGCUAUUAAGGAAGAUAAUAGAGAGAAGAUAGCGCCAAUUAAUGCGCACUAAUAGUGCUAUGAUAAGGCACCAUGGAGCGAUGCUCAUAGGCCAUUAGAUCAGUGUAUGUUUUCGCAUUGUUCGGUGCAGUGACGACAGCAGAUGCGACGAGCGCAACAGAGAUCUCAUAGAAUGCGCUGCCCCGACAACUGCCCCGUUUACCACUUCAAAACUAUUCAACAGGUUUUAUGGCACCAAACGCAUACAAAUUUUCGCCCUUUGUCGAGCGUCUGAUGACUGAUCAAAAGCGCGUUAACUGUUUCACCAUGACGUGAGGGCCUGCACGAUGUAAAUUCACAGUAUCCUUUAGAUGACUGCCAACUCUGACCUGCACGAAUGAUUGCACGCAAUGUUCGCACAGUGAUUGGCGACCGGUACCGACCAUGAUGGGCCGAUAGUGGCCAUUGUGCGCGCGCGGGGCCGUCCCAGUACCACGGUCGCGCUCUGUCACCUAAUGACCGGCCACAAAGGCUCAGUGUUCGCGCUGUCCGGCGGCACCUGAUGAGUGAAUCAGGGCCUGUCGACCGUACGGCUUCACGGGUGCCGAGGGGCUGAAAUCGCAGAGGCGACCUUCACGAUAGCAUCGAUAGGAUGCUACAAUGUGAUCAGCAUUGAGUGUAAAACCAUUGCACCGAAAGGUGGGAAUUGUUUAUGUGGCAUUGGUAAUUGAUAAAGUGUAACGGGAAGGAGUGCAUGUUGUUUGGUUGUUAUUUACCAUUAACUGUUGAUUGACUAACAAAACAAGACACAUACAUGACGUAAAAUAUAUGUAAUCAACUAA